CACACUCAAUUAACGGACUCGACAGAGUUUUAAAUUUGACUUGGCAACAGGGAUGGUUGAUGUAACACAGCUGUGUGUAGUGGUAGUUUCAGUUUGUAAACAUCGUCAAAUCUAAAGUACGAAAAUAAGAACACAGGUUGAACUUCGUUAUAAAAAGUGUAGUCUGGUUUCCGGGUUGGCUCAGUUAGUUUUCAGAUUUCACAUGGUUCUUAAUAUCAAGAAUCCGAUGCAAUAAUUUUGUCUGCCUCUCGUUCAUUUGAUUUUAUCUAUUAAAACUGUGAAUGUGUAAACUGGUGAUCAUUGCUAGCUUAUCAGUCGAAUUAUAGCUAUCCACAACGUUUGAUUAACUACUGGCCGUUGACUAGUGACCAGCAACAGCCGACAGGUGGGAUAAGUGAAACAGCUGUUACUUGUCAGAGUAAAUAAUUAGCAAUACAGUAGGGUGUAUAAUUGACCGGCUUUUAGUUUGUUUGUGUUCUGUUUAUCAGCCAAUAACCAUUACAGAAAGAAAGUCAGCUGACAUUCCUUCCUUACGAUUUAUUACAAAUUUUAGUCGAAAGCUGUUCACCAAUUAAUUAUGUUGCGUCGACGUCUGCUUGUGGCAUUUGACUUUGAUCAUACUAUGGUAGAAGAGAAUAGUGACAUAGUCGCUCGUAAGCUGAUCCAUGUAGACUUGAUACCUGAGAAAGUUCGUAGACUGUAUCAGACAAGUGGGUGGACCCAGUACAUGGCUGAAGUGUUCAAACUGUUGUACAAAAAUAAAGUAAAGAAAGAAAUGAUCCUUGGAGCAAUGCACAACUUGACGCCCACACCAAACAUGCAGGAGCUCCUCAAGUGGUUUAAAAGUGGAAGGGCAGAAACAAUCAUCAUAUCAGACUCAAAUUCAGUGUUCAUUGAAGAAUGGUUGCAACAUAAGAACCUCCAAGAAUGCGUGAAACAUGUUUUUACAAACCCGGCGAGUUUUGAUGAAAAAGGUCUUCUCUCGAUCCAACCAUACCAGGAUCAGAACUGGUGUGAUUUGAGCACUCGAAAUCUGUGUAAAGGUUACAUUCUUGAAACUUAUCUGAAGGAGAGACAAACUGAGGGAGAAAGUUUUGAUGCUGUAGUGUACGUGGGAGAUGGACAGAAUGAUUUGUGUCCUGCGCUCAAGUUGAAAGAAAAUGACUUUGUGUUCCCCAGAGCAGGGUUUCAAUUAGAAAAUUCACUAAAAGACUCCACGUUUCAGGGUAAACUUGCUGCCAAAGUUUACAUAUGGACUUCAGCUGAUGAAAUAAGAAAUAAUCUAGAAAGCGUUUUAUAAACAUUCCAUUUAAUUUAUAGUAUUUCAACACACAUAAUUCAAUUUAUAAACAUUUCAUAUAAAAUUGUACUCUUUAAAGAGGUAUAUCCCCCAUCUCGAAUUUUGAAAUAAAUGUUUGUACCUUGCCAUUCAUUUAUUAAAAAAAAAUAAUUUCAUAUUGAGUAGCAUAUGACAGGACUAUGUUAAUCUAAGUCAAGUGAAGAACAUUUAUUAUAAUCAAGCGAAUGUUAAAAUCUGAUUCGUAAUAUGUGAACAUUUUGUUUAUAACAACAACAAACAGUUAUAGUUUGAAUUUAAAUUGUUUUACAAUAAGGAAGUGAUUAGCCAAUCACAUUUUUGUUUUAGUAUCUUGACUUAACAAAUGGAACAAAAAAUUGGUCUUCUGCUAUGGUGCAUGGUUGUUUAAUACAAUCAUGUAUACAGUGCAAAUUUAUUUAAUUAUUAAGACAUUAGUUUAUAAUAUUGUUUCUUUAACAAUUGUACUGUAUAAAUUACUGUUUAUUGAUUUUGUUAUCCAUCAAACCCAAAACCAUUGUUAAAAUAAUUUGACAGUAUUUGUUGAAAGUGGACAGGAAAUGGUUUCAAUAUCAUACAUUAAACACAAUAAAUGAACCCAGAAGAGGCAUUGUAAAAUCUUCCUUUGUCAAAUCUGUGCAAAAUCAAAUUAAGUGACCUUAGAAUAAAUUAUUUGUUAAAAUAUAAACCAUACUGCAUUUGUUGCACCUAAAAUAUAACAAUCAAUUUCUAAAAUAAUACUCAAUAAUUUGUAUGAAUUAUAUUUACAUUAUAGUUUACAUAAAGAUAAUGUGAUUUUCUCAACAAGUAUUGUACAGUACAGAAAAAGAAUAAAUAUAAUUAUCUGUAAAUAUACUAUAUGAUUGUAAGUUAGAAAGUGGUGAAGUUGACAUUAAUGAUGUCUUUAGAUAUAAAUAUCCUAUCUUUCUUGUAUCAUGUGUGAUAAGUGAUUAAGAAGCAUAUUACUAACCAAAUAAAUAUACGCCUCUUAAAGAAAAACAGGAAAUAACUUCUGCUGUAUGUAUAUAGAGUUAAAGUAUGGUUUAGUAUUAUUAAUGUGAAUUAUAUAGCGGUUUUGAUUUUAACCCCACAAGAUCAAUGUUAAAAUUCAACUGUUGCACCCUUAUUCUUGGUCAAAGACUUAUCAGAGAUGUUUAAUUUUCUUUAACAAGAACAAAUCAAAAGUAUGGAUGCUUAUUAAUCACAUCUUUAAAAUUAGAUAUCUCAUAAUUAUUCUACAACAAAAAAUGAGGAAGUAAAAGUACCUUGGAAUACAUAGUUCUUGUGGGGUAAAACAAAGAUCGUUUCACUAUUGUCAGUUUUUUUAAAUUUAGGGAAUGAAGUUUAUUUACUGAAGAUUUUCUAAUGUAAAAAUAUUAUUAGUAGGCCUAUAUUGUAAUACUAUUUUCAUACAGUAAGAAACAAUGUAAAAAUAAUUAUAGUAACACUUUUUAAAGUUAUGAUUUUUAUUUUAUACAUUAUAAAUACCUAACAGGAAUUGUAUUUUCAUAGUUGAAAAGGUUGUGUUAGAAACUAAAGAGUUGGUUAUAAUGUAUAUGUACUGUAUAUAGACUGUUUUAUGGAACACUAUUAUUUAUUUUGAGCAUUAAAUCAGUAUAAAACUUAUUAAGACCAUAUCUAUCAUGGUAUAUCUUAUUAAUAGGAAUCAGUAGUUACUGUUAAUGAAAGAAAUAUAUUAUAUAUUUUUUUUAUACAAAUAAAACAUACUCUUUGCAAUGUG